GAUCUGUUUUGAUUUCAUUUUGAAUCGGACUGGUUAGGGUUUUUACUCUCGUCCCUGCUUUCUUCUCGGCAAUCACGAAGUUCGUCGCGCGAGAAACCGGUGGGCGUGUGCAGCUUGGCCUGUUGGGUUCGACUCUUAGCCCACCCGUGAGCGCUCCUUCGCCUACUUCUCACGGCGCCUCUUCUCUGCAAGACGCUGCCGGCCGCCGUCUGUCUGAUCGCGCGCCGGCCGCUGGCGCAUCCUUGCGGGCCAAAGAGUUGCGGUCGCUUCCGCGGACCAAAUGCGUUUUCGUAGCUGCCUCCGACAUCAUUCUCCGGCAGCACCUCGCCGGAGUCAGAGUAGAGACCUCUGACGUAAAUUCAUUGGAUGCUUGCUGUUGAAUGUUCUGUGACAGCUUGUGGCAUAUUGGGAGCAUGUCUAAUAUCAUCUUGCGUGAUGUAGCACAGGCUGAAACUAGUAAUAGUUUCAUCAGUAAGCUUCACUCCAGCAUUUCAAAUGGCCUUCCUCAUGCAGAACCAGUUCUUACAUUCAAAAUAGAUGAGAGGGAACUGGUUCAAGGCAUACUACAAAUGCUCCAGGGGUUCUCAAGUUCUUCCUUUUACUGGGAUGAACAUAAACAAGAAUAUUGCCUGAAAAAUGGGAUUUAUGUGACACAUCUAUCAUAUACUAGUCUGUAUAAUACUCUGAGCCAGUUUUUGUUUGCUGGCACAUGCUUGAAGCAAGUUGAGAUACAUGUUCAAAAGGUGCAAUCUACAAAUUUCAGUGUCCCUACCCUCAAAGCUUUUGCCAAUUCUGCUUCUUCGUGGCUUAAGAGGUUGCGAGAUGUUGUUUUGAAGGAAGAAGUCAAUGUUGGUGGUUCAGAUUCAGGAGCUAAAGCCACUCUCCUGGGAUUGACUGAUUCUUUGUCAAGUAUCCAUGCAGGAGCAGAGCUCCUUCAUCAAAUUGUCUAUGGAGCAAUCCCCAGAGCAUAUCAUCACACAUCACCAUCUGCAAGUGAAUUGACAGUUCAUAUUCUCGAUUAUCUUUUCAAAAAGUUGAAUGAAUUCUGUCUUGUUGAAGGUGGCAAGGAGGAGGCUUACCUUAUGCUGCUUUUCUUCUUCACGGAAAGCUUGUUGCCAUAUCUAGAGGGGCUUGACUCAUGGCUAUAUGAUGGAAUUCUUGAUGAUGCUUUUGAAGAGAUGUAUUUUUAUGCAAAUAAUGAAGUCAGCAUUGACCAACCUGCCUUUUGGGAGAUGAGCUAUCUUCUUAGAUGGGGAAGAUGGAGGAAAGCAAAAUCUGACAAUGUCCCAGAGUUGUUAACCGAGUACGAGUCAAGUACAAAAAUGAGAAACAAAAUGAGUGAGCAAGAGCGUGUUCUAGGAUUUACUUCACAAGGGAGAGACCAAGCUGAUAUUGAUAACAUAGUCUGUCCUAUAUUUCUGAAGGACAUAGCUAAGUCCAUUGUAUCUGCUGGAAAAUCUUUGCAAUUGGUGAGACACGUUCAACGUGACCACAUUGUUUCAUUAGACAACAACAAUGAGUCUGAGCAAUAUAAACGUAUGCUAUCAAAGGGGUUUGAGUUGGGCUCUCAAAUUUGUGAGCAUCAAAACCAAUGCAGCAAUCUUGAGGAAUGCAUGUCAUUUUAUGAAAAUAACCAUGCACGGGUUAUGGGAUUUUUGACUUUGCCAGAGGUCUUCCUAGUCUCGUUGGUUGGCUUGUUAGUUGAUGGUGAUCAUGCUUACAGGUGUUUAUGGUCUGCUGAUAUUGCUCGAGAAUACAAGACUCUGAUAUUGGGAUGUAAUUUAGAAGGAAGAAGCCAAGAGGGUCUAAGCACUAAAUUUGCCUGUGAUAAAGUAUGGAAAAAGUUUUUAGCUGAUGUUGUAUUUAGGAGGAUACUUGGGGACAGUGAUAGAGAGGAUUAUAAUGAAUGCAAAAUAAGCUUUUCCGCAUCCCCUUUUGAUCCAGAAAGAUCAGAAAAGGCUACAAAAUUACACAGAAACCACUUGCAAGAUCUUGAAGCUGCUAGUUCAUUAGGAAAGAGUAUAUUUUACUCUUUGUGCCCUGGCAAUCCAGUGAUAACUGUUAGCAGGGAAAUUCUGAGACAGAACUUGUCCUCUUGGGAUGAACUUAACAUAUCAAAAGAUUUCUAUCUUCCACCAAUUAACGAUGAAAGUUUACGUGAGGACAUCUUUGGUGAUAAGGAUCUUGGUGCAAGGCUGGAUAGUGAUUCAUUAAGAUGCCCUAGAUUUGAUAGAACUGACUAUGCACUUGGUCUUCAAUUUGAUGGACGAGAACACAUACACAAACAAGACGAUCAAAGGAGUUUGGAAAAUUUAUAUGCGUUUCCUACCAUUCUUCCUUUUUUCCAGGAAAAUUCUGAUGUAUCGGAUCUUCUGCCUUUUCAAAGGAAUAGUACCCUCGCAUCAAAAAUUCUCAGAUGGUUUCAAGUUAAUAAAACCAAGUACACACUUCACCCUGCAGUUAUCAUCCAAGAAUGCCUUGUUGCUUAUAUCAUGAAGCAGGUAGUUCAUGUUGGUAAACAAAUGUUGUCGAGGCUAAUGAAUGAUUGGAAAUUAAUGAAUGAGCUUGGUGUUCUUCAUGCUAUAUAUUUAUUAGGCUCAGGUGAUUUGUUGCAGCAUUUCCUUGUAGUAACUUUUAGCAAGUUGGAUAAGGGAGACAUCUGUGAUGAUGACUUUGAGUUGAAUGCCAUAUUGCAGGAAUCAAUUAGAAAUUCAUCUGAUGGUGCUCUUCUUAGCACACCAGACUCUUUGGUUGUAUCUCUGGCAAAUUCUGAUUAUGAGGAAACUGAAGGGGGAAAUCUCUCAAAUUCACGAAUGACACAGAAUCAAUGUUUUGGCAUUAAUGCACUAGAUAUGCUCAAUUUCAGUUACAAGGUCUCUUGGCCACUAGACUUGAUAGUUAAUAUGGAGGCGCUUAAGAGAUAUAAUCAGGUUAUGGGUUUCUUACUAAAGGUCAAACGUGCGAAGUAUGUUCUUGAUAGAACUCGAAAAUGGAUGUGGAAGGGCAGAGGAGCCACCACAAGCAAUUACAAGCAUCAUUUGUUAGUAGAACAGAAGCUCCUCCAUUUUGUCAAUGCGUUUCAUCAGUAUGUCAUGGAUCAGGUUUUGCACACUGCAUGGUCUGAACUUUGCGUUGGAAUGGCAUCUGCUGGUUCCCUUGAUGAAGUUAUAGAAGUUCAUGAUGCUUACCUCUUGUCUAUUCAACGUCAAUGCUUUGUUGCUUCAGAUAAGCUUUGGGCACUGAUAGCGAGUCGAGUUAAGACCAUUCUUGGAUUGGCACUUGACUUUCACACGAUACAGCAAACACUUAGCAGCGGUGGAGCAGCUUCUGCAAUCAAAGCAAGAUGUGAAAUGGAAGUGGAUCGGAUUGAGAAACAAUUUGAUGAUUGUGUUGCCUUUCUUCUGAGGAUCCUCUCCUUUAAGCUUAAUGUUGGGCAUUUCCCCCAUCUGGCAGACUUGGUGACUAGAAUUAACUACAAUUACUUCUACAUGUCUGACAGUGGAAACCUUCUGACUGUACCUAGUUUUGACGCUUCUGCCAAACCAGGAAAGUCCGCUAUGUUCAGAGACUGAUUGUGUUGCAUAAUGAUGCAGUUUUACUUCCAUUUAUCGGAUAAUUGCUUCAAAAGACUUGGGAUUGAAGAGUUCCACUUGUCGCAGAUCAAUUAAUUUGUCACUACUAAUAUCCUUUUCAUGCUUGUACAGUUGUGUCUAGAUGACGAUCUGUAGAAAGGUAUGAUUUAUUUGUUCCUUAAUUUACCCACUUAAUUUAUGAUGAAAAUUGUGCUUCUUUUGUUGGGAUUUCACAUGAACAUGAUUGUGUUAUGUAUUGCGUUGCAAUUCA